UCUUUGAUGAUGUAUGAAAUGCUGGGUAGGCUCCUUGUUGGGCGGUUGAUGGAAUACAAUUCAACCAUGCAACCUAACAAAGUUGAAUAAAAAGGCACCAAGCGUUCACAUAAAUACACCUUCAAUAAAGAACUUUCCAACCUUCUUUUGCCACCUUCAAUCAAUGCCUUGCUAGUGGUUAACCAAACCAUUUCCAGGCACCACCAUCACCAUGAAGCUGAACCGCCUUUGCAUAAUCUUGCCUGCUGAUUUAGAUGAUAUUGCUCCAUAUCACUACCCCAAAAUCACCCCACCAAGCAAAAAGAUACUGAAAAAACACCACAGCCAUGGCUGCGGUAGUCAAGUACUGGCUUUUCUUGGAAAUUCAUUUCGCAGGUUAUAUGACUCGAAGUGGGUUGGUUGUUAUCGGCAUGAAAGACCAAGAAAACAGCAGUCUGGUUCAUUUCAAGACCUGGAAGGGGUUCAGAUGACUGAGAAGGUUGGUGGUGAUAAUCCAAGAAUUUUCAGUUAUGCAGAGCUUUAUAUAGGUUCUAAUGGAUUUAGUGAAGAUGAAAUUCUUGGUAGUGGAGGUUUUGGUAAAGUGUAUAGAGCAGUUUUACCUAGUGAUGGUACUGUUGUUGCUGUGAAAUGCUUGGCAGAGAAAGGUGAACAAUUUGAAAAGACUUUUGCAGCUGAAUUGGUUGCAGUGGCUCACCUACGACACAGGAAUCUUGUUCGGUUAAGAGGAUGGUGUAUUAAUGAAGAUCAGUUGCUUCUGGUUUAUGAUUACAUGCCAAAUCGCAGCCUUGACAGGGUGCUUUUUAGAAAUCCAGAAAAUUUGACAGCAGCAGCACCUCUUAAUUGGGAAAGGAGAAAGAAAAUAAUUAGUGGGUUAGCAGCUGCACUGCAUUAUCUACAUGAACAAUUGGAGACACAAAUAAUUCAUAGAGAUGUAAAAGCAAGUAAUGUAAUGCUGGACUCACAUUAUAAUGCCAGGCUCGGUGACUUUGGCUUGGCAAGGUGGCUUGAACAUGAACUUGAGCACAAAACCAGAAUUCCUUCAAUGAGAAACCACCAGUUUCGCUUGGCAGAUACAACCAGAAUUGGUGGCACCAUUGGUUAUUUGCCACCUGAAAGUUUCCAGAAGCGAAGUGUUGCUACUGCAAAGUCGGAUGUUUUCAGUUUCGGUAUUGUUCUGUUAGAGGUUGUGUCCGGAAGACGAGCAGUGGAUCUCACAUACCCAGAUGAGCAAAUAAUUUUGCUUGACUGGAUCAGGAGGUUAUCAGAUGAGAGGGAAAUUUUACAAGCAGGAGACAAGAGGCUUGCAGAUGGGUCCUAUGUGCUUUCUGAUAUGGAACAACUGAUUCAUUUGGGGCUUCUUUGCACAUUGCAUAACCCACAACUUAGGCCUAAUAUGAAAUGGAUUGUGGAAACACUUUCCGGUAAUAUUUCUGGCAAGUUACCGCCUCUGCCAUCAUUUCAGUCUCAUCCUCAAUACAUAUCUUUAUCUUCUUCAUCUAAUACUAGCACAAGCAACAGUUACACCAGGUCCACUACCUCUACACCUAGAUCUAACAUUACAGUCACAUCCACUUCAUCAACCUUUGUCACAGCCAUUGGAGAAACUAUAUAUGCAACUGCAGAAUUUGGAAACAAUGGUUUAAGUUCUUCUAACAAUAGGAGUCAUCUACGAACUAGUUGCUUUGUGGUGGAAACUCCCAGGGAAAUAUCCUACAAGGAAAUCAUUUCCGCAACAAAAAAUUUCUCAGAUUCACACAGGGUAGCAGAGGUGGACUUUGGAACUGCUUACCAUGGUAUCCUUGAAGAUGGCCACCAAGUCAUAAUAAAGAGGCUUGGCAUGACAAAAUGCCCUGCAAUUAGAACAAGAUUUGCUUCUGAACUGCAGAGUUUAGCCAAACUUCGCCAUAGAAACCUAAUACAGCUCCGUGGAUGGUGCACUGAGCAAGGAGAGAUGCUUGUUGUCUAUGAUUAUUCAGCAAACCGCCUCCUAAGUCACCUCCUUUUCCAUCAUGAUAACAGAAUUGGCCAUUCUAUCCUGAAAUGGAGGCACAGAUAUAAUAUCGCCAAGUCACUUGCAUCUGCCAUUCUUUAUCUUCAUGAAGAAUGGGAUGAACAAGUUAUCCACAGAAAUAUUACCACUUCUUCCGUCUCUCUUGAUCCAGACAUGAACCCUCGACUUGGUAACUUUGCCCUUGCAGAAUUCUUGUCAAGAAAUGAUCAUGCACAUAAAGCCGCCAGCAAGGGAAAUAAAUCAGUUCGUGGAAUUUUUGGUUACAUGUCACCGGAAUACAUAGAAUCUGGUGAAGCAACACCAAUGGCUGAUGUUUAUAGCUUUGGUGUGGUAGUGCUUGAGGUGGUCACUGGACAGAUGGCAGUGGACUUUCGGCGACCUGAGGUACUACUGGUUAAUAGGGUUCAUAAAUUUGAGGCACAAGAAAGACCACUGGAGGAACUAGUUGAUAUAAGGUUGAACUGUGAGUAUGACCAUAAGGAACUGAUAAGACUUCUCAAAAUGGGAAUUGCAUGCACUAGGUCCAACCCAGAAUCAAGGCCAAGCAUGAGGCAGAUUGUACGUAUACUUGAUGGAAAUGAGCAAUUCCUAGUAGGGGCAGAGCAAAAGAAUGAAAGCAAAAAGGAAUGGAACCAAAAGAAUGCCUGUUCCUUGUCAUUGAUCAGGAGAAUUCAAGCUCUGGGAAUACAGUGAGUAACGCCACAGCAGCAGAUCAGAUAAAGACUACUAGGUCUUUGAGGCAGUUAAAGAGUUCUUUUGUUCUUUUUGUUUUUGUAAACUCCUAUGCUACUCAAUGUAGAAACUUCUAAUUACAAUAGAUUUUCAUGUUUCCCGAUAAGUCACUCAUGUAGCACUUCAUUUUAUAAUAUAUAUAUCCAUUUGUACAUAUAUAAUCAUCUACUAUCAGAGAACCUUAUCCUUCAGAAGAAGGUUGUAAGCUUC